AUGGCUUCGGUUGUAAUUCGCCAUGGCAGUAGAACGCCUGUAGCGACUACUCCCAAUUGCGAGCAGGCAAACUGGGAUAGUAGUAUACUCUUACAAACGUUACCACACGCCGAUUGCCCUCACAAAGUUGUCAGCCUUGAUGGCGGUCCGCAGCCUCCGUUAAAUUUUGAUCUAGCAUACAACAAGGACAAAGUACUAAAAGGUGGAUGUCCAGGUGGGCAACUAACUAUUCUAGGACAGGAACAAAUGGUCCAAUUAGGAAAGCGAUUGCGGGAACGUUAUAUUGAUCAAUUUAACCUUCUUGAGCCAUCAUUCCAGGCGGAUAGCAUCUAG